UCGGCGACGUACAGAAUCACAACAACACAAUUUGCAAACUAUCGUAAAGAACGGACCGUGUUUCAGUUACGCUGCGCGGAAACAAUAUAAUGGCGGACGAAAACGAAAACUCGUGUGAUAAGUUCGAUGAUGUGAAACCGGAUAAAAUGUUCACGCUAAAAAAAUGGAACGCCGUCGCGAUGUGGAGUUGGGACGUUGAGUGCGAUACGUGUGCUAUUUGCCGUGUGCAGGUUAUGGAUGCUUGCCUUCGUUGCCAGGCGGAAAGCAAAAAGGACACACUCGGCCGACAGGAUUGUGUUGUCGUGUGGGGCGAAUGCAACCAUUCCUUCCAUCACUGUUGCAUGUCACUAUGGAUAAAGCAGAACAAUAGGUGCCCGUUGUGCCAACAAGAGUGGUCCAUCCAGCGUAUGGGCAAAUAAACUCUGCCGCUUGUCGAAGGAUACAAUCAGGAUACAAACACCUCACCGCCAUCAUUUUCGAACAAUUUCGGACAAACAAUCCAUGAAAACACGUUACUACAAUAAGGAGGAGGGGAAUUGCAACCGAAUCUCUUGGUAGUAUUGUUCUAGAUUUUUAAUAAAUAAGCGAUUAUUCCACUGUAACGUAACACAAAAAAUUUAUUUUUUAUUUUUUCCCUCUCUAUCGUAACAAACCGCAACGCUGAAAGCAUUCCCCUUUUAAUAUUUACACACUAGUUUGGCGAAUCCUAAAAAAAUAGUUUUUAUUUUAUAACUCUGCCCACUUUCGAAAGAUUUCGUAGCAGAAAAUGACCGAUUUUAGGAUUUUAAGUAAAAGAAGAGCAUGCUACAAGGGAGGUAGCUCUUCAUUGAAAGUUUUCAAAAAUUAUUUCAAGGAAAUCUUUCAUUCAAUUUUUCAAGGAAAUUUUUCAUGUUUAUUCCUUUAAUUUAAGUAGCAUUUUCACCGGCCAAUCUUUAAC